ACUCACCUAUACUAUCGUUGUCAUUGGCCAUUCUGGAAUCUGGAUCACAACGAUCUAGAAGAGGGAGCAAGCACACCAGCUGAGAAAGUGAAGCCCGCAAUGGAGCACGGCCAGCCAGCACCUCAGAAGCCGGCAUUGGAGCCCUGCCACGGCCAGCCAGCACCUCUGCGGCCGGCAAUGGUGCCCGGGCAUGACGCACCAGCACCUCAGCAGCCGGUAAUGGAGCCCGGCCACGACGUGCCGAUAGUGGCGUCCGGGCAGCAGCCGUGGGAGUACAGCCUGCGGAAGUACCUGCUGCUGCUGGCCACCCUGGUGGCCACCGUGACAUACGACGCCGGCUUCAACCCGCCGGGGGGCGUCUGGCAGGAGGGCGCCCGCGACGACGCCAGCCAAGGUCAACGACUCGCCGGCGACCCCGUCAUCCGCGACACCCACUACGGCCGGUACCUCGCCUUCUUCUACUGCAAUGCCACCGCGUUCGCCGCGUCGCUUGUGGUCAUCGUCCUCAUCCUCAUCCUCGCCGUCCGGCACGACAAGGUGAAGGAGAAGAAGGGCGUCACCUCCGACGUCGUGCUGCUGCGGCUUUUCAUGUUGCUCGACCUGCUCAGCCUCAUGGGCGCCUACGCCGCCGGCACCUGCCGGGACAAGGUCUCCACUGUUUACUCCGUGCUGCUGGUUGCCGUCGUCUUCCUCUACAUCGUGAUUACCAAGUUGCUGGACUGGUGGUUUCCACACAAAACCUCCAACUCCGGCUCCGGCGGGGCGAUGCCUGGAGGUCCCAUCGGCGUCCCCCACCCUGACCCCGGCAGCGUGCCCAAGGUCGAAGAAAAGAAGGACCAGAAAGCCCAAGAACGGCUCCGCAAGGUCGUGAUGCUUCUUGCGACGUUCGCGGUGAGCAUCACCUACGUGGCCGGGCUGAGCACGCCGGGUGGCUUCUGGGACAGCACCGGGGGCAGCCACCGGCCAGGUGACGCCAUCCUCAAGGAGCACCACAGCCUGCGCCUGACGGUGUUCCUGCUCUGCAACACCACGGCGUUUGUGGCGUCCCUGUUCAUCAUCAUGCUGCUCAUUAUCAAGGUCAAAAAGCUGCACCAGAAGACAGCCCGGUCUCUUCAGCUUGCCCUCUACCUGUGCAUUGUCGUCGCGUUGGUCGGCCUCGUCGUCGCAUACGCUGCCGGCAGCUGCAGGCACACUGACACCACUAUCUACGUACUCAGCCUGGUUGGCGCCGUUGUGGCAUUCAUCCUACUCCUCUUUCUCCAUGCUUACUUCACUUCACCGUCAAAACUCUUGUCUUCCCGUUCCAGUCCAGCGCAACAAACUGCUGAAAUUCAAAAUAAGGAGACUGACGAUAAUGUCAGUGCUAGGGAGGCUCUCGACAAGGCUCGCUCUCUUGUUCUACUGCUCGCCACUCUUGCAGCCACCAUCACCUACACAGCGGGGUUGAACCCGCCGGGUGGCCUUUGGCAGGAUAAUGGUGACAGGCACAUGGCUGGCGACCCGAUCCUUCUCACGACGGACGCUAGGCGGUACAGGAUCUUCUUCUAUUGCAACUCGGUUGCCUUGGUGGCCUCCUUGGUGGCCAUCGUACUGGUCCAGACGGAACGUCUGGUCAAGCACCACGUGCUGGAGGCAGCCAUGAUAUUCGACCUGUUUGGCCUCAUCGGUGCGUAUGCCGCGGGAAGCUGCCGGGACGUGAACCACUCCAUCUACGCCAUGGCCUUGGCAGGCGCCGUCCUGGUCUAUGUGGUGAUCCAUGUCAUCUUCCUCACGCUGGAUCACAAGGACAAGAAAGACGAUGCCAAAGAUCGUUUGUUGGAGAAGAGGCGCAAAAGAUUGCUCCUCUUCGCGAUCUUGGCGGCAACCAUCACCUACCAAGCUGGCCUCACCCCUCCAGGCGGCUUCCUGCUCCAGGAUGACGAGCUCGGGCACCAUGCUGGCGACCCGGUCCUCCUGUACAACUACCCGCGCCGCUACAAUGCCUUCUUUUACUGCAACUCGGUGAGCUUCAUGUUGUCCAUCUCCCUCAUCCUCCUCCUGGUGAACCCCAACCUGUACAGGCCAGCCAUACGAAGCAACGCACUGUCUGUUUGUACGGCGGUGGGCUUGUUUUGUUUGAUGGGGGCCUACGCCGCCGGAAGUACGCAACACCUCAAGACAUCCAUCUACAUCUUCGUGUUGGUGGCCGUGGUCCUCUUUGUUGCAGCCGGGCUGCUUCUAGUAUUCUUGAUGAAGGAGAUCAAUGGAAAUGGCAAUUCGGCAGCUGUGCCACCCAUAGAACAAGAUGAAGAACAAAAGAAUUUUUUGAUGAAGGAGAUCAAUGGAAAUGGCAACUCGGCAGCUGUGCCACCCAUAGAACAAGAUGAAGAACAAAAGAAGAAGGAGGCAGAUGAAAGGAAGGAGAGUGAAGAAGAAAGGAAAAAGCACGUGAGGCGCAAGUACCUGAUGCUGCUAGGCAUCUUGGUGGCGAGCGUAACCUACCAGGCCGGCCUGGAACCGCCCGGCGGAGCGUGGCAGAGCAGCAGCAACGGGUACGAGGCGGGCGACCCAGUGAUGCACGACAACAGGAGGCCCCGGUACCUUGCCUUCUUCUACAGCAACUCUGUUUCCUUCGUGGCUUCCAUUGUUGUCAUCAUCAUGCUGCUACCGCACUGGCUGCCAAACAACAAGGGAGAAGAAUGGGAGGAAUGGUCGCUUAGGGUGAUGAACUGGACGAUCAUACUUGAUUUGGUGGCUCUCCUAGGGUCCUAUGCAGCCGGCUCCAACAGGGGGUGGAAGACGUCUGUGUAUGUCUUCGCGCUCAUCGUUGCCGUGCUGGGCUACUUUGCAAUCCAUUUGACGCUGUCAUUCUUGUUCGACCGUAGGAAGAAACAGGGCAGCCAACCUCCAGUGUGAUUCAACAUCACUGUCUUCUGUAGUUGUAGCUCUUGUAAUGUCAGGACAGUCCACAAAGUUGCCCGAAAUUCAGGGCAAUGGAUCGUCUAUCUAUCAUUACCUAUCUUUAGAUCUCUAAUCAGCUUGGCUCUUUCCAAUCUCUACCCUGCUCUAGGCUCUAGCUAGCUCCACCUCUUUUCAGAUUCCUAGUGUAGUUGAUGUAAUCAGAUUAAUGUGCAUCCCAGUUGGAGCAUGCUGACAUUGUGUUUUUGGACUCACUGGGUGGUGUUUGUAAUGUAUGUAUCGUAAUCCAAUGAAUAUGGUA